AGAAGCUGCAGAUGACAGCCAGCGAGAGGAGGAAGAUCAUGUGCUCUGUAACAUUCCAUAUCAUUGCCAUCACCUGCGUUGUGUGGUCUCUCUAUGUCCUGAUAGACAGGACCGCUGAAGAGAUUAAACAGGGACAGACUACCGGGAUUUUAGAGUGGCCAUUUUGGACUAAGCUGGUGGUUGUGGCUAUUGGUUUCACUGGAGGACUGCUGUUCAUGUAUGUACAGUGCAAAGUGUACAUACAGCUGUGGAAGAGACUUAAAGCUUAUAACCGAGUAAUAUAUGUACAAAACUGUCCAGAAACUAUCAAAAAGAACAUUUUUGAAAAACCUGCACUAAUGGAGCCAAACUUUGAUAGUAAAGAAAUGCUUGGGGUACACCGUUCAGACACAAACUCUUCACAUUACACAGAGCCAGAAGACUCUGCUGCAGAAAUCCUUCACGUCUGAUUGCUGGGUGGAAGGGGUGUUUCUGUAUUUCCUUGAAGAUUUAAAAUAUCAUUGUUUACUGCAAACUGCUCUACCUUUUUAAAAAUUGGCUAACAGCUGAGGGCUGGUGGGUGAAUUUUUUU